AUGACGAUCCAACGUAUAACACUCUUCAAAGCGCCCCAAGAAUCCGUGGAUAAAUUCAUCGGGGCAUAUGAAACUCUUAAGAAAAAUGCCGUUAAAGUACCUCCUUUCCCCUCCCCUCCACUCUUCUCCUUCCUCUCUCCCAUACUCACCUCUCAGGACUCAAAACCCUACAUCCUCUCCCUGACCGCCUCCGCCACAAGUCCGGACCAACGAAACCAAGGCUACACUCUUAUAUCUAGAAGCGAGUUCAAGAGUCUGGAGGAUAUGAAGUACUAUGAUGAAGAGUGUGCCGCGCAUGCACAACUCAAGACCGAGGGAAGGGAAUUGGGGAUUCCGGGGCCGCCGUUGGUUGUGUUUUAUGAGGUUUAA